GGCGUCUCUCUUUACUCGGCUGUUGAACGCUCUGGGCUCAUUCCCACAGCGGCUACGAGGCAGCGCGGACGAGGAUGAGGAGCGUGAUCCUGCUUCUGUUGGUUGCGUUCGCAGUCCUGGCAGAGCAGCACGGUGGGAACAAGAGGCUCGCCAAGCGAGAGCUUCUGCUGCGAUCCAAACGACGGUGGGUUCUGUCCACCAUCGAGCUGACAGAGGAGGACCCCGGGCCGUACCCCAAGGUCAUCUCACAGAUGUUUAAUGACAAAACAGGAGCUGUGGGAGAAAACCACAAGUACACGAUAGGUGGAAUGGGAGUGAGUGAGCCGCCGAUGGGCGUCUUCAGAAUCAAUGAAGCGACUGGAGUGGUCGAAGCCCUUCAGGCCAUUGACCGGGAGAAAUAUGAGCUCUUUCAUAUCAAGUUCGACAUCUUGGACAGAAUAACAAACCAAAAAAUAGACAGAGAACUGGCUUUUGACAUUGAGAUAAAGGACAUCAAUGACAAUCCACCCAAGUUUCUCCAACCACUAAUAAAUGCUAACGUAAAGGAAAAUAUGCCAGAAGGAUACUUGCCCGUGCAGCUUCAGGCCGUUGACCCUGAUCAGAAGAACACAUCCAAUUCUAAAGUCACCAUAAAGAUGGUUUCACAAAGUCCAGAGGAGCCGAAGAUCGGCCUGAAGCAGCUGGACAGUCAUAUGGCCCAGCUGACCUUUGGCGGAUGCUUCAACUUUGAUAAAAUAAAGAAGUAUAAAAUCAUUGUCAUGGCACACGACCACGGAACCCCAGUCCUGUCCUCCUCUGCCACCAUCAACCUACACGUUCUGGACUCCAACACUCACCCGCCGAUGUUCAAGAAAAAGGAGUACCAAGCCGAAGUGCAAGAAUCAACCACCAAGAACGAUCUGCUGAGAGUCGCUGUAGAGGACAAGGACACGCCCAACACUGCGAGCUGGCGCGCCAAGUACUUCUUCAUCAAAGGGAACGAGGACGGCAACUACAAGAUCGAGACGGAUCCUGAAACAAACGAGGGCGUUCUGAGCAUCAUCAAGGGGAAGGAUUUCGAGCGGACAACGCUGACCAACGUAGAGAUUGGAGUGGAGAAUGAAGAAGCCUUGUUCGUGUGCAAAGACGGUUCUCCUGCAGAAGGUUCCUUCAAGGACUCCAUCAACGUCACCGUAAAAGUGAUUGACGUCAACGACCCACCUCAGUUUGAGAAAGAAAAAGUUGACAUAUACCGGAAGGAGGAGGAGGCUCCGGGAAAAGACCUGUUUGUCCCCAAUGUCAAAGAUGUGGACUCUGAUGUGACCAAAAUCAGGUACGUUCUCCUGAAGGAUCCGGCUGAUUGGGUCGCCGUUGAUAAGAAGACUGGAAAAGUUACCUCCACCAAGAGGAUGGACAGAGAAUCCCCCUUUGUUGAUGGCAAUAAUGUUUACCAGAUCAUUGUUGGUGCCAUAGACAACGGUGAACCUCCAGCCACUGGAACAUGCACCGUUCAGAUCCACCUGGGUGACAUCAACGACAAUGUGCCCAAGCUGACCAACAGCAGCCUGGUCAUGUGUGGGAACAAGGUCAACAAGGUCAGGGUGUCGGCCCGGGACGCCGACAUGCAUCCGUUCAGCGGCCCCUUCGCCUUCUCUCUGGGGAAUAAGGACAAAUUUGCGGCAGAGCGAUGGAAGCUGGAUCCCCCCUACGGUGAGGAGGCUGCUCUGGUAAGCCUGAAGCCGCUUCCCUACGGGAACUACUCGGUGCCCCUGAUGAUCCAGGACCAGCAGAACGUGGCUGGACACGACACGGUGGAAAUGACAGUGUGCGACUGUGGGGACGGGGACAUCUGCCGUAGCCUCAACCCGCGGUCGGUGAGCCCCGGGCCGGCGCUCAUUGGACUCAUCUUGGCCUCGCUGCUGCUGUUUCUGUUGCUGCUGCUCCUCAUUAAAUGCUACCAUGGACGCGGUCUGGCUUCCAACUCCACUAUGCCCGACGAGGGGAACCAGACCCUGAUGAAGUACAACUACGAGGGGGGGGGCGCUUCCUGCAUGGCGGAGCCCAUUCUGCCCACUAAAGCUGUGGAUGUGACUGACUCGAAGAUGGGCGCGAAGACUUCACAGGUGCAAUCAACGACGAGACUUGAGACGAACACAUACAGCUCAGCGUUCAGCACGAUGAACAACAACAUGAACACACUGGGAAGCCAGCGUUACGCAGACACACACAAGAGUCGCAGAGGUUAUUCCAUGAACUCUACGUGGGGCUCUAGCAGGAUGAACACGUACAUGGGAGCACAGGGAGCCUCCUCCAUGUACCAGCGCUCAUCAAGCCUGGGGCCGUAUAACAACAUUGGAGAUCACAUUGAAAAGAAAAUGUACAACUUUGACGACCGCAUCCUGGAGUACGCACCCCAGACGUACGCGCACGAGGGCAAUGGCAGUGGAUGCCACUCGCUGGAGAACAUCGCUGCGAGCUCACAAGACAAUCUGCAGUUUCUGGAGCAUUUAGGAUCAAAGUUCAACAAACUGGGAGGAAUCUGUCACGAGGCCAUUACACAAAGACAGAUACAAUAUUAAAGGCAACACUGAACUGCUGAGUUCAAGUCACUCCUAGUUUAAAGGGCUGGUUCUGCUGGAUCUUUGGAUGGCUGAUAUUAUGUCAUCUAUGUGACACAUGAAUGUGUUUUUAUAUUUCUAUCUGGUUUGAAUGCUGUUGAUUACUGGCUUCUUCUCUUCUGUCAUAAGAUGCAGUUUUCAGAAACUAAAAAGUAAUAAAACGAGAAUUUGCUUUUACUAACA